CCCUUCUCCCAAGUCCCAACUCGCUCCCGCUACUCGACGCCGACCCAUCCCAUCCCUAUCCCACGCCGCCGCUCUUUCCCCAUCCCCAACUCGUGAGCGGGAACCCGAUGUGAGUUGCGCGAAAUCCCUCCGCCAUGGAGCACAGUGACGGCGAGGCCCCCGCCAAGCGAGCCAGGCUCUCCGCCAACGGCAGCGAGGACCUCCUCAGCUUGCUAUCCGACGACCUUCUCAUUCACAUCCUUCUCAAGCUUCGCAACACCGCCGUCGCCGCUCGGACCAGCGUCCUCUCCAGCCGCUGGCGCCGGCUCUGGCCGCUCCUCCCGGGCCUGGACUUUCUCCCCGACACCAACCCAUACAGCGUACCCGCCGUCCUCGCCGCCCAUCAAGCGCCCGCCCUCUGCUCUCUUCGCGUCCUCGCCAGCGACGCCUCUGCCGACUUCAUGGCCGCGUGGCUCCCCAUCGCCGCCCGCCGCCUCGCCGGCGAUCUAUUCUUCAUCAACAAUGUGUCGCCGAACGACGAGGCCGGGGACAUAGGCGCCUUUGAACUGCCAUGCUUCCAGAACGCCACCUCGAUCUCGCUCCACUUAGGGUUUCUUGGCAUUGCAUUGCCAACCUCCGCCAUAUCCUCUCGGCUCACCGAUCUUUGCCUGAAUAGCUUCCAGGUACAGGGUCCGUGCGUGCUGGGUGACGUUGUAUCCUCGGCUUGCUCCCCAUGCUUGAAAAGGCUCGCCAUCAACGAUGCUCGAGGCAUCGAUAAAUUCACCAUCCGCUCAGAGUCUCUAAUGCAAUUGAAGCUGAAUGAUCUAGAUGGCCUGCAGCAGCUCACUGUCGUGACACCGACGCUCAAAGAGCUAAGUGUGAUCCUUUGCUUUGGUCCCAAUCAACCUAUUGCUAGCAUCUCAGCGCCUCAGCUGAUGUCGCUCCAGUGGAAUGAUGCUUAUGAUCCAUGCUCUGUCCAAAUUGGCGAGAUGGCACAUCUACAAUGUCUGCACGCUGGCAUUUUUCUUGUAUAUGGACCGGUUGAUUUUACACCCAAUCUCCAUUGCCUGAGGAUCUUGCUGGACUUCAAGGUCAUGCACAGUCUAACCCUCCUACUGCUCUAUAAUCCGGAUAUAGGUAACGAUCGAUACUUGAUGGAAGACAUGACAAGGCUCCCUGACGUAACAUGCUUGUCCCUGACCUUGAUGUCAAACGGACAUUGCUUUGGCGCCAGCUUAUUCCACAUUCUCAGACUGUGUACUGGUGUAAGAAAGUUGACACUCAACUACUUUGAGGCGCAGACUCCAUGCCCAUCGAGUUGCAUUUGUGAUCAGCCAACACACUGGAAAACAGAGAAACUUGUGCUCGAUGGCCUCCAAGAAGUAGAAAUUAGUGAACUAUCAGGAACUGAACAUGAACGUGAUUUUGUGCAACUGUUAUUCAGUUGGUCAACGGCCUUAAAAAAGAUGACAGUAUCUUUUCAUCACUCAAUUACGGAAAGAAAGGCCAAGGGGUUGUGCCAGAUGUUACGAAGCUUCUCCACAUCGGAACUAUAUAUGGAAUUUUAUGUGCACCGCUGCUUGGUGGGGAAAGUUCGGUAUGUUCCUGAAGAUUAACACACUGAUUUGCCAAUUCUCUUCACAAGCUUCUAGUUUGCUUGGUCCUAAUGUAAGCAUGUUCAGGAGUGGUGACGAACUCAUGUUGCCAGAAUAUGUCAAUGUUGUUGGGAUUGCCUUUCUGGGGUGCAUGUUUAUCUCAAUAAUCUGUAUGAAACUAUGGAUGCUAAUUAAUUUGCUAGAAUAUUAGCAGCUUACCCUGAUUCCUAACAAUGCUGAGAGCAUCUGUUAAGUGGGGUGCACUGCUAUUUAGUAGUCUCAUGGCGAUUUCUGCUAUGAAUUUCUGUUAUUGUAAUGGUACCUGGGAUUGGAAGUUCUCUCUUUCGAUAUCUUUUGCUGGAA